UUCUUUUGUCACCCUUCUCUCUCUCUUCCAAGUUCCAACGAUACAAGAAGAACAACGACAGCCACGGAAGCCUUUGGGAUUCCUCGUUUCUUCCUUCCCAGCCACACGUUUGUCGCCGUUUCUGCGCCGUUAGCACCUCCGACUGAUGUCGAUACACCUAAAUAUCAUCGUCGUCAGUUAAAUUAAAUCCUCUGUCUCCACUAAAUUCUCGCAAGAUGUGAUUCUUCGAACCAGAAAAAGAAAAAAAGUGGAAUCAUCUAACUACCAUGUCUUCCUGCAGCGGGACGGAGUUAGGGCACCAUAAUUCUCGGAUGUUAGGCCACAAGAGCUCCCAAAUUCUCUACAGAAUUCCCUUAACGCGUUGCAGAACAGGUUUUCUGGGUGAUUUCGUCCCGUUCUUGGGAAAUCCCAGUAGAAUUCUUAGAAGUUCGGUGAAGUUUAGGUGUGUUUUGGACCAGAUUCCUCCGAAAUUCACUGCCAUCUCUUCAUCGCUGAAUUCGGUUUUGACUACCGGGAAUGCGAUUGCGUCUGCAGCUGCGGCCACGACUGGCUCUGGUUCAGCUCAUGCGGCAGUGACCUCGGCGUUGGCUCAUGUUGCUGUCACUGCGGUGGCUAUAGCUUCAGGAGCUUGUCUUUCUACUAAGGUUGAUUUCUUGUGGCCCAAGGUGGAGGAGCAACCUGAUUCUCAUAUAUUGGAUGGAGUAGAUGUCACCGGGUAUCCAAUCUUUUAUGAUGCAAAGGUGCAAAAGGCUAUUGCAUUUGCAAGGAAAGCUCACCAUGGCCAACUAAGGAAAACUGGAGACCCAUAUCUAACACAUUGUAUUCAUACAGGAAGAAUUCUAGCGGCUUUGGUUCCAUCCAGUGGAAAACGAGCCAUAGAUACAGUUGUGGCUGGGAUUCUACAUGAUGUGAUUGAUGACACAUGUGAAAGCCUGCAUAGCAUAGAAGAAGAAUUUGGUGAUGAUGUGGCAAAGGUGGUAGCUGGUGUUUCCCGGCUAAGCUACAUUAAUCAGCUUCUGCGGAGACACCGCCGAACAAAUGUAAGCCAGGGUAAUUUUGGUCCUGAAGAGGUUAAUAAUUUACGAGUGAUGCUUUUGGGCAUGGUAGAUGAUCCCCGUGUUGUUCUUAUCAAGCUCGCAGAUCGCCUUCAUAAUAUGAGAACCAUUUAUGCUCUUUCAUCUCCCAAGGCUCAAGCUGUUGCACAGGAGACAUUGGCUGUUUGGUGUUCACUUGCUUCCAGAUUGGGUGUAUGGGCUCUAAAAGCUGAGCUGGAAGAUCUAUGCUUUGCAGUUAUUCAGCCUAAAACCUUCCGUCGGAUGCGAGCUGAGCUAGCUUCAAUGUGGAACCCUAACAAAAAGGCAAGAAUUCUGAGAAGAAUAUCCACUAAAUCCAGCACAUUUGUGCCCUUGCACGAAAAUGAUAUAAUUUCUGACUACGAAGGGCUUAUGGCAACUGAGGAAGAUCCAUCAACCAUGAAGGAUCUUCUGCAAGCUGUUCUCCCAUUUGAUCUCUUGCUAGAUCGGAGAAAGCGCACUAACUUUCUAAAUAAUCUUAGAGAAUACUCAGAGGCUCCUAAAACAAAACCCAAGGUUGUUAGAGAUGCCGGAAUUGCUUUAGCUUCUUUGGUAGUUUGCGAGGAAGCACUUGAGAGGGAGUUAUUUAUAUCAACUUCUUAUGUUCCAGGAAUGGAAGUAACCUUAUCUAGUCGCCUAAAGAGCUUAUAUAGUAUGUACUGCAAGAUGAAACGUAAAAAUGUUGGCAUCAGGCAAGUGUAUGAUGCCCGUGCACUAAGGGUUGUUGUUGGUGAUAAUAAUGGGGCAUUGUAUGGAGCUGCAGUUAAGUGUUGCUACAGCCUUCUUAACAUUGUGCACAGGCUCUGGACCCCUAUUGACGGUGAGUUCGAUGAUUACAUUGUUAAUCCAAAGCAUAGUGGUUAUCAGUCUCUCCAUACUGCAGUACAAGGUCCCGAUAAUGCACCUUUAGAAAUCCAAAUAAGAACACAGAGGAUGCAUGAGUGUGCAGAAUAUGGACUUGCUGCACAUUGGCUUUAUAAGGAAACUGAAAACAAGAUGCCAUCCAUGAGUACCUUACAUGAUGCUGAAAAAAAUUCAACUCCCUAUGAAUCUAAAGAAUUGGAGGAUGAUAAUUCUGCAGAAUACGAUGCACUGGAAAAGUAUGGUCCCCUAAAAGUAGGACAUCCAGCUCUUAGAGUGGAAGGAAGUCAUUUACUUCCAGCAGUUAUUGUUAGGGUAGAUAAGGAUGGAAGGGAGCUACUUGUGGCUGUGAGAUUUGGUCUUGAAGCUUCUGAAGCAGUUGCUGACAGGAGAUCUUCUUUUCAGAUAAGACGAUGGGAAGCUUAUGCAAGGCUCUACAAGAAGGUUUCCGAUCAAUGGUGGUGUGAACCAGGACAUGGAGAUUGGUGCACCUGUCUGGAAAAGUACACACUUUGUCGAGAUGGUAUGUACCAUAAGGUGGAAAGAGAAAGGGGUGAUGCCAAUAUAUCAGAACGUCAUUGUGGUUCAAAUCUUUGAAUUUAUUAUGCAAUAUGAUCCAGUAAAAAAUCAACAUAUACCCUAUUACUGAUGAAAAAUUGUUGGCUUUUUUUUUCUAUCAGAUCUGAUCUCUUGAUAUUCCUUUCCUUCUAGAGGAAUACUAAAUCAACCAAAGCUCUCCAAGUAAUCAAUCCUCAUCAAUUGAAACAGCAUAUGCUUUUAGGAGUUCAAGGCAUUUUUCUAUGUUUCACCUUAAGAAGAUGAGGAAUAGAACAAGAAUCUUUUACAAAGAUGGCAAAAUAUUGUAUUUGUGCACAGGCCAACCUGGCACAUGCAUGAGUGUCUGUGUAUUGUUGCCAUAUGCAGGCUUUUGUCAUGCCUAAGACAUAUCUACAGACCACCCCCGUAUAUAAGCUUGAAAGAACUUUAUUUUCAGGCAGUAUUCUCCCUCACARUGAGAGUAGCAGUUCUCACGAGGUUGAAAUUGUAAAAUCCUUAAUCUGAACAUUUCUUAUAGUUAAGAACAGAAAAUGCAACCAAAAAGUAUAAUAUAUAAAACAAGAAUGAGUUUCUUAUGCCAUUAAAGCAACUAAAAAAACAAUUGGAAACAAAAUAAGUUGAAGGCAUGAUAUUAGCAAGAUUCUAAUGUACAUUAUUUGAAUUUCACAUACUGAUAAGAAUAAAAUACAACACCUUAACAAGCCAAAACCAGUAGUGAAUUGCCAAGUAUGGUUAGUGUGGAAGCUGUAUCCUUUUUGGAAAUCCUUGAUCUGGUAAGGUGGGCAACCCGCAACCACCUCCAGCCAUGGAUGCAUCCACAACUGAAUCUACUAGAAUGCCAGCUAAGCUAGGGUUUUGUAAGAGGUACCAUUGAGAUUAGUGUGGUUUUCCCAAUGGUGUGCAAGGUAAGAGGACCUUUCAGAUGGACCGUAUGUAAAUAUAAAUGUGAAUCCUCAUGUCUUGUAUCUCUACUUGACAAGUCCUAAAUGGCCUUACUGUAGCAGUUUCAAAAUCAUGACAGUCAAGUACUUUGUUGAUAUUGCAGAAAAUGAUAACAUCAUGGCCCCAUACAAGAUUAAUUUUAUCCAGUGCUUCUUGGAAAAAUGAUCUUCACAGUUUGCUUUUCCUAGCUCCUUCCAAACUCCAAGCAAUGCUGUCUUCACCAGAAGAAAUAUUCUGAUAAUAAUCCCAUGCUUUCUUU